UAAAGCUGUCUGCAAACACUGAAAUUUUCUAUAAACAAUAUUUUGAAUGAAUGAAAGUCUUAGAUAAUCUUUAAGCCCUUUACUAGUUUUAUAAGGUACAUAUUUUAUAUUAUCAGCAGCAUACGUCAUGGGGAACUUUUACAGAAAACCAAAAAGAAAAUGGGUGUCACCUAGUACCGAUCUGGUACGCUAUGAUCGUCAGACUAAAGAUAAAACAAUUGACCAACCAGGUGUGUUUUGUCCAGGAAAUCAUGAAGCUGAGAUGUGCUAUGGGGGAGAAGCAGAAAUACACAAUCAUGUUACUAGCUGUAAGAAGAACCCAGGUCACAAAGGAUUUAUACCUGUUAAACAUUUCAACAAUAAAUGUCUCCCCUCACGUUACCAUGACGACGACCUCAUGUCUGAGACAAUCGAAGCAUUGGCAGCCAUAACUGUCCAGGUAAAGACUAAAUUCACCAGUCUAAAGAGACCAGAGUUGUACCCAGGCACUCAAGUUCCAUAUUCAUGUUUUAAUGACAGAGGAAGUCACAUAAUGAGGUUAGGGACGGGGAGGUUGGUGAGUGUGUUGAAGUAUACAAAUGAUGACAGAAAAACUUGUCGUUGUGCCAAGUGUCAAAUCUCUGCCACACCCAGCAAAGUGUGGGGGAGGUUUAUGUGUGGACAGCCACACACGUGGUGUUUGAUGCCAGUGAGGCGAGGCAGACCAGGUGUGUUUUAGGUUUUGAUGACAAUAACAGUCAAGUUGUCAGUCUUGAUGGCUGGGAGGUGAAAGGUAAGGCAGAUAAUCAGAGAGACUGGUGUGAAUUGAGUUUUGUAACAUGUGACUUAAAGAUGGUUGAUGAACUGUACAAGUUAUGGCGACGCUUUGAUGAUUUAUGUGUGGAAGUAAGGAAAAAAUACAGGAGAUUUGUUGAUGUGGACAAAUUGACCGUUAUAGUGUCACAUCCACAUGGCUGCCCUAAACAAGUCUCUGUAGGAGAAUGGACACACAAACGUGAGAGAGAUGGCUGGACAAGGUACUGGUACACAACAUGUACAGUUCCAGGCUCCAGUGGAGCCACUGUCUACAGGCUGGGAGAGGACGGGUGGUGUCAACAUCCCCACAGUGGAUCAAACUCUGAAGGAAACUAUAGUGGGGAGUAUAUGGACUGGAUGCAACAGGUAGUUAUCAACCAUUAUCUACGCAGUGUAAACAAAUAAAAGAGCAACUUCUACCUUAUUUAAACUGUUUGUGCUAAAACUUGCAUGACUUAUCAACAUGUUAUUACCUUUCAAAGAUUAAAACGAACGCAUUGGUUCUUUAUACUGAUUAACCGUUAUAACUUGCUACAUACUUGGUCGAUGGUUGGCGAUUUUCUUUUUAAAACUUUCAGAAAAUUUUCCGUAACACCUGUAGGCAAAAAAAAAAUGGUUAAAUGGCUAACUAUAUAUCAUUAUACGAUGAAUUGUAAAAUUCUAUAUUAAAUUUGAUCUUGCUUGUAUUUAUUCACAAACCAUUUACACAAUAAAAAUC